GAGAAGAGAAAACAAGAAAACAAAAAGAAGAAAACCAUGUCUCACAUAGCUGUGGAGAGAAACAGAAGAAAGCAGAUGAACGAACAUCUCAAAGUCUUACGCUCUUUAACCCCUUGUUUCUACAUCAAAAGGGGAGACCAAGCAUCAAUCAUAGGAGGUGUGAUAGAAUUCAUCAAGGAAUUGCAUCAAGUUUUACAGUCUUUGGAAUCUAAUAAACGGAGGAAGAGCCUUAGCCCUAGCCCUAAUCCAAGCCCGAAGCCAGUAGUAUUGCCUCAGCAAUAUCCAUCUACUCCCCAACUUGAUCAAAACACUAAUUUCAAUUUUAAUUUAGGGGUAGACAAUCACCAUCAUGUGAUCAAUAAGGAACUAGCUAUAGGAGCUUGUUGCAACUCUCCAGUGGCAGAUGUCGAAGCAAAGAUCUCGGGGUCCAAUGUGGUGUUGAAGAUAAUAUCUCGGAGAACAUCCGGUCAAAUUGCUAAGAUAAUUGGUGUGCUGGAGAGGCUUUCGUUUGAGGUCCUUCAUCUCAACAUCAGCAGCAUGGAAGACACUGUUUUAUACUCUUUUGUAAUCAAGAUAGGACUGGAGUGUCAGCUGAGCGUGGAGGAACUGGUGCUUGAAGUUCAACAAAGUUUGCGCUCAGAAAGCACUACUUGAACAGAUACAUGCAAAGUUUGCUCGAGUGGCGAUCCAGUGCUGAAGUUAAUGUGAUAAAUGGUUUUAUUAUAAUAUAUAUGCAUGUGAGA